AUGAAUACGCGGUACACCUUUCCAAUGAAUUCGUUCUGUAGUUCAAGUCCUGCGGCAUCUCCAGCAGGAGAAGAGCAUGGAACUGUGUCUCUCAGAAACAGGUCUCCUCGCACUCCCCCUUCAUCGUUAUUGAUAAGAACAGCGAUGAGAAUUUCUAGAGCAAGAUGGUUCACCUUCUUGAGAAGAGUAUUCCACUACCAGAAUGGCUCAAGGUCUAAUCUUGGGUCUAAUCCUUUCAAUUCUAGCACUUGGAUGAUGCUGGAGUUUGUAGCUUUGGUCAUUCAAAUAAGUAUCACCUCGUUCACCCUGGCUAUUUCCAAGGCAGAGAAGCCAGUUUGGCCUGUGAGAAUAUGGAUUAUUGGUUAUAAUAUUGGCUGUGUCCUUAGUCUGCUGAUGCUCUAUGGGCGUUACCGGCAAAUUAACGCAACUCAAGGCAAUGGUUUUGCCCUACCUGAUUUGGAACAACAAGGGGGCAGUGAGGAAUCCAGGUACUCAAUUUUGAUGCACAAGUGCCGGACUUCACUCGAACUCUUCUUUGCAAUAUGGUUUGUAAUGGGUAAUGUUUGGGUCUUUGAUUCUCGCUUUGGAUCUUACCACCGUGCUCCGAAACUCCAUGUGCUAUGCAUCUCUCUACUUGCUUGGAAUGCUCUCAGUUACUCAUUUCCAUUUCUGUUGUUUCUACUGCUAUGUUGUUGCGUGCCGCUCAUUAGCACUGUCCUUGGUUACAACAUGAGCAUGGGAUCUGCCGAGAAAGGGGCAUCCGAUGACCAAAUCUCCAGUCUACCAAGUUGGAGUUACAAAGCAGUUGACAUCAAUUCGGAGUUUCACAGUAAUGUUGAUUGUAAUUCAACCAUUGCAAGUGAAGAUCUGGAAUGCUGUAUCUGUCUAGCCAAGUAUAAAGAUAAAGAAGAAGUUAGGCAAUUGCCAUGUUCCCAUAUGUUUCACCUCAAGUGUGUAGAUCAAUGGCUUCGAAUUAUAUCCUGCUGCCCUCUCUGUAAACAAGAAUUAAAGAGAUAG